AAAAGAAAAAAAAAAAAGACAGAGAUCAAUGACGUAACAACCGAUUUUGCCGCUAGACUAACCACCAUCUCUUUUUUGUCUCCUUUCUUUGCUUUUUUCGUGUACUUUACUGCACCUUUCUCUCUCUCUAUCACAGCCAUAAUAAAGGAAAUCUACCUUUUGUGUUGUUGUAAAACGAAUUCCCUUUAGGAAUUCGGAUUGGAAACAGUAGGAUUGCACUUGGGAAGAUGGGUGCGUCGUCUUGGCCAUCUGACGAGGAGUUAAAUGGUAUUAAAAAGGUUGUUUCACAAAUGGCUGGGAGAGGUGUUGAGGAAGUUCGAGUUGUAGUCUCUCCUUAUCGGAUUUGUCCAUUGGGAGCUCACAUUGAUCAUCAGGGUGGAACUGUUGCAGCCAUGACAAUUGAUAAGGGAAUACUUUUAGGGUUUAUUCCUUCUGGUGAUAUUCAGGUUGUACUGCGUUCAGCACAAUUUAAAGGAGAAGUUCGGUUCAGAGUUGACGAAACUCAGCACCCAAUACACAUGAUUCGGGAAAAUGGUAAGAUCCAUGCAAAUGAUUCUUCCACAUCACAGGAAGAAUGUAGCUGGGGAAAUUAUGCUAGAGGAGCUGUAUAUGCACUGAAGCGUAGAGAAAAAGAGCUUGUGCAGGGUAUCAUAGGAUACAUAUGUGGUUCUGAGGGUCUUGACAGUUCAGGCCUUAGCUCUUCUGCUGCUGUUGGCGUAGCUUACCUGUUGGCAUUUGAAAGUGCAAAUAAUAUAAGGGUGUCUCCUACUGAAAAUAUUGAAUAUGAUCGGCUUAUCGAAAAUGAAUAUUUGGGUCUGAGAAAUGGCAUAUUGGAUCAAUCAGCCAUAUUGCUUUCAAGCCAUGGUUGCCUAACGUGCAUGAACUGCAAGACCAAAGAACAUAGGCUUGUACACCCACCGAAGCUGCAGAAAGCAUACAAAAUACUGUUGGCCUUUUCAGGCUUGAAGCAUGCUUUGACUAACAACCCUGGAUAUAAUCACCGAGUUGCAGAGUGUCAAGAGGCUGCAAGAAUUCUUCUGCACGCUUCUGGAAACCACAAAAUGGAGCCUCUUUUGUCAAAUGUUGAACUGGAGGCCUAUGAAGCUCACAAGUGCCAAUUAGAAUCCAAUCUAGCUAAGAGAGCAGAGCAUUAUUUCUCAGAGAAUAUGCGGGUUAUUAAAGGACUUGAAGCUUGGGCUUUGGGCAAGUUGGAAGAUUUUGGAAAGCUCAUUACAGCAUCGGGUUUGAGUUCUAUCAGAAACUAUGAAUCCACUGAUUCAACUGUACGAGAUCAUUUUGAGGGCUCCUGGCAUAUAUGGGACGCGGUUUAGCGGGGCUGGAUUUAGAGGUUGCUGUGUUGCAUUUGUCAAUGCCGACCGUGCUGCUGAAGCUGCUUCAUUUGUCAGGGAGGAAUAUUUGAAGGUCCAGCCGAAGUUGGCUUCCCAAAUAAACCCAGAAAGAGCGGUCUUGAUAUGUGAAGCAGCGGAUUGUGCUCGUGUAAUCUGACAAGAAUCAGGUCAACUACUCCUCCCCUAUUCUUUCUCAAGUUUGCAAUAUAUUUUUCAUUCAUUCAUGCCGUUGGUUGUAUUGGGUUUCUUAUAUCUUGAUACUUCUAUAGUUUCAUAUGUAUUGAAGAAUAUAACAAACACCUUGUGUUGUUUGGGUAUAUAUGCUCCUGUAAUUCAUUAUUAUU